GGCAAUCCGGCGCUCAACACGCUCCAAACCUGCACCAAGAUCAGCUGGGCUGACGAGGUUUCUUGUAGCAGCGUUGGAAUUACAACCCUUUCCGGUAUGAAGUGUUGCGUGGUGCUAGCUGCCGCUGUUCUGUCCCUCGCCAUGUCAUGGGGCUCCGCCAUGCCUCCGCCACCUCAGUGCACCCCCGGCCUCAUCGAGGAGAUCCCCCUGAGGAUGAGGAAGGUCUGCGCCGCACUCUCCACCAUCUACGAACUAUCUAACGCCAUGGAGUCCUAUCUAGACGAUAAAGGAGGAGUUUAUAACCAAAUGAUGCGGCCGGAGAGCUCCCCUCUGAUGGAGAACGGAGUCAAGAGACAAGAUGUUGACCACGUGUUUCUCAGGUUUGGACGUCGGCGUUAGGUCCCCCCUCCACCAUACCAGGCCUCCCCCUCCACCAUCCCUUCAACCAAUCACGUCAAGGCCUCACUCCCCUGGGCCGGUUACCCUGUAUACCUAGCACUACCUCUACAAUCCUUGUUUAUAAAAACAUUUUAACACUUUUUGGAAAUAACAAAUUUGAGCGUUUUAAAGUAAAAUCUAGGAUAAUUACUUUGUUUACCCUGAGACACUAGCGGUUGGUUAUUUGGUACAUAAAUGCUUGUGAUAAUACUAUAUCCGCUAUACUAUAGGUACAGAUUCUAUAGUGGCAUCUUCUGGAACAGUAUUUUAAAAUAUGUAGUUGUAAAUUGCUGUCAGAAGUAAACAACGAAACAGGAAAAAGAAGCUUUGCUGUAUUCAAAUUAAUAUUGCAGAAACAAAACCAAGUUUCUCACUAACAAUCUUCAGAGAGCAAUUCCCAGUUCCACAGCCCAACAUUUUGUUCUACUACAUUAAUUAAGUGGAAUAUUAUCUCUGCAGAUCUCGCUAGUUGUUGCGAGUAAAUUGUUUGUAAACAAAACUAUCAGAAGAAAGAAUAGAAUAAAAACAAUUUGUGUUUAAUUAAUUGAAUAAUAGCCUACAUUUUAAAUUAGGUUUUUAACUUUUGUGAAACUGUAUAACUAAUUGACCAAUUAUAGGAUAUAUUUGUAUCCUUAUUGUAAAAUUGGUAUAAUUUGAUCUACUUAUUAGAUUGUUAUUAUUUAGCUUCUAGAUUAAGAUUAUAUGGUUUAGCUUAAUUUAUUUGAAGGAAUUCUCUAUAAGUUUUCUAAAUGAAAGCUAACUUUCUUAAAUGUGUGUAGUAUUGUACACGUAACUUCUCAGGUUUAAAUUGACUAAGAUUGAGUUUUUUUACUGUAAUAAUUGCAAUAAUAAAAUCAAUGUUAAGAUAGACAGAAAUUACAGUUUAUUUUAGAACAGAUUCAUUAUACUGUAUUGUGUUAUCAGUAUUAAUGUAUUCUACACGAUUAGCAAGAAGUAUUUACAAUGUAUUUCACGUUGUAAGAAUAUUUAUUUAUGAGACUGAAAAAAGACUUCUCCAAGCCUCCAACUGUCAAACCUCGUACCCCCCCCCCCCCUUUGUACAUAGACCUCAAACCGGCCUCAGGACCUUAAAUGUAACAUUGUUGCCCAAUCAAUAUUCGUUAUUUCGUUUGCUUAUUUUGAUCUCAUUUGUUGAAUUGUAAACUGUGGUUAUAUUUGUUGUAAGAUUAAACUACUUAUGUUUUCGAAGUAUUAUAUUGAUAAUAUAUUAUAUAUUUGUUAAUA